GUUUGAGAAUAUUGAUUAAAAAGAGGAUAAUCAAUUUUCUUCAUAAAACAUUAUAAAAAUGAAGGUAGGUCACCCAUCAUUUCAUUCAGAAGCGGAUAAGAAAGAAACUUCAACAUAUUGUGAUUCCACAAACGCAUUAAUUAUAUGCUUGACAGGAAUUUGUUUCCAGUACUAUGCAUGCAAUAAUCCGUUUCUUUUUAUAAAUUCAAGAAGGCCUAUAUCACUGGCAUAUAUUACUGCUAUUCAAGAAAGCAACUUCAACAACUCUCUUUCUCUUGUUAGAUCCUUGGUUUCCUUGCAUAUAUCACUCCUAUUCAAUGGUGGAAAUUAUUAGUGUCAGCAGACCUUUAAUUAUUCUCUUGUCUGUCUUCAGUGUAUCUUCCAAACAAUUGUUAGCAAUUGGAAGAAAUAAUACUGACUACGAAUCACUCAUUUCGUUCAAGAAUCAGUUUCAAAAGCAAAGCAAUGUGGAUUCAUUUACCAUUUUCAUGAGCUCAUGGAAUGCCACCAACCACUUUUGCUCAUGGGAAGGCGUCACGUGCAGCUACAAGCACCGCGACAGAGUCACAGCUUUGGAUCUCCGUUCUAUCGGUUUGGCUGGACCUCUUCCUCCUUCAAUAUUCAAUCUCACCUUUCUGAGAAGGCUUGAUCUCAGCGCCAACAGUCUCUAUGGUGAGAUCCCUCCAAUUCUAGCUUGCUUACCACGACUACAACAUCUUAAUUUGAGCUUUAACUCAUUUGAUGGAGACAUUCAAGCUAUUCUAACGAUGAACCAUAGCUCUGUUCUCCAAGUUCUGGAUCUUGCCAACAACCAUAUCACAGGAAAAAUACCUCUUGUUAUCAACUCCAUGUCGCCACUCAAAUUCCUCGGUCUCGAUAAAAACAACAUCAUUGGCACCAUCCCACCUUCACUUACCAAUCUAUCCUUUUUGGAAAGUUUUUAUGUCUUAUAUAACAAUCUAGAGGGAAGCAUCCCACCAAAGAUCGGUGUUCUUCAUAAGUUAAAAAAUUUUAAUGUGGCUGAUAAUAAACUUUCAGGUAACAUUCCUUCUUCAUUCUACAACUUAUCAUCACUGCGCAAAGUUUCCAUGGCAAAUAAUCACCUCUCUGGUUACCUUUUAGCUAAUAUUGCCCAAGCUUUUCCAAACCUUGUAAUUUUUUUUUGUGGUGGAAAUAAUUUCAUUGGUUCACUUGAUCAAGCUCUUCAAAAUGUGACCAGCUUAGUCCUUUUGGACAUUAGCAAAAAUAAUUUCACAGGAGUGGUGCCACCAGACCUUGGAAAAAUGAAUAAUCUUAUAAGCCUCAAUAUGGCAGAAAACCAACUUGAAGCAAAUGAUGCAAAGGAAUGGAGAUUUCUCGACUCAUUAGCAAAUUGCACCAGUUUACAAGCUUUAGGUCUUUAUGAUAACAACCUUCGUGGAAGGCUUCCGAAAUCGUUUGGGAACCUCUCCAUUGAGCUUCAAAAACUAACUUUAGGAUCUAAUCACAUUUUAGGAAGAAUCCCUUUUGAACUUAAUAGGUACACCAAUCUAAUUAGGUUAUGGAUGGAAAAUAAUCUUUUUGAAGGUUCUAUACCAGAGACCAUUGGAAUGCUUGGAAGGCUACAAAGUUUAUAUUUUUAUGGGAAUGAUCUUACAGGAAUUAUUCCUUACUCCUUAGAAAAUCUCACAAGACUUAACCAGUUAUUUUUAAGAUCUAAUCAAUUAACAGGCCAUAUACCUUCAAUCCUAAAAAACCUCCAACAUCUCAUUUUGUUGGAUCUCAGUGAUAAUAAUCUAACUGGCUGGAUUCCGAGAGAAAUUUUUUUCUUUUCUUUCUUGUCAAAUGCUUUAAAUUUGUCUUAUAACUCUUUCACUGGGUCUCUACCAAUAGAAGUUGGUCGUCUAAGAAAUCUCUUUUACCUUGAUUUUUCUAAUAAUAAUUUGAGAGGUGAAAUUCCGAAAACACUUGGAGGCUGUCAAUCAUUGCUUGAAUUAUAUAUGGGAUACAACUUCUUCCAAGGCCCCAUCCCUAUUUCUCUAAGCAAGAUGAAGAGUCUUGAAAUACUAGACCUUUCACAUAAUAAUUUAUCCGGUGUUAUUCCUCAAUUUCUACAAAAACUUAUCUUUCUUAACAACUUGAAUCUAUCAUUUAAUAAUCUUGAAGGGGAGGUGCCAUAUGAAGGUGUCUUUGCAAAUUUCAAAAUUUUAUUCUCUAUUCUUAACAUUGUAGUUAUGUUAUUCAUCCUUUUGUUGUGCUAUACUUUGCUUUAUAGAAGAAAAAGAAAAAAUGAUUUAAGAAAUGCAUCUGGUUUAUCUUUAAGCCCUCCAUAUCCAAAAAUUUCCUAUGCAAAAUUAGUUGAAGCUACAAAUGCUUUCUCCACUACGCACCUAGUAGGAUGUGGAAGAUAUGGCUCUGUUUUUGCAGGCAACUUAAGAGAUUAUGAUGAUAUUGUGGCUAUUAAAGUAUUUAACCUUGAGGUUCAUGGAGCUUUGAAGAGUUUUACAUAUGAAUGUGAUGCAUUAAGAAGCAUACGACAUCGUAAUCUUGUACGUGUACUAAGUUCAUGUUCAAGCAUUGAUAUUCAAGGCAAUGAGUUUAAAGCUUUGAUCUUUGAAUUCAUGCCAAAGGGAAACUUAGACACGUGGCUCCACCAAGAACUAGAGAUUGAUGAAGAUGAUGUUCUCUCUUUGGAAAAAAGAUUAAGUAUUGCCAUCGAUGUUGCAAAUGCUUUGGAGUAUCUUCACCAUAGUUGUGAACCACCAAUCAUUCACUGUGACAUAAAGCCAAGUAAUAUUCUACUUGACAAUAACAUUAUUGCACAUGUGGGUGAUUUUGGACUCUCAAGAAUGCUUUAUAAGAAUGUGAAUAUAUCUCUUCAAGGUUCUUCCAACAAAAGUGACAUUAAAGGAACUAUUGGCUAUAUUGGCCCAGAGUAUGGUGAGGUAGCUCCCCUGUCUCCAUCUGCAGAUGUUUAUAGUUUUGGAAUAGUAUUACUAGAGAUUCUUACUGGAAGAAGGCCAACCGAUGACGUUUUCAGUGAUAACUUAACUCUACAUAAUCACAUUAAAAUGACAUUGCCUCAUGGAAUCAACUACAUAGUAGAUCGUAAAAUGUUUACAAAAGAGCAAAGAAAUGCUAGCAAAGCGGGUGGAGAACAACCAAGGUGGUUUAGUUGCCAAAGCAUCAACAAAUGCUUGCUUUCCUUGAUAGAAUUAGGUCUCUCUUGCUCAGUUUCAUCUCCAAAAGAAAGGCCUUCCAUGAAAGAUGUUACUGCAAAGUUACACCGAGUUUCUUAUGUACCUUCAAUCUGA